CUUGCAUUAUUUCUUUUUUAUUGGUAUAAAAAUUAAAAAAUAAUUAUGAGUACAUAAUACCUAUAUUUGUAGUUACUAUAAGUUAUUAAUUCUAAUUCUGGAUUUCAAGACUUGAGAGUCGAGAAUAAGUCAGUAAAUUGUAAAUAUACUGUGUUACUUGAUACGUUUACUAUAGUUAUGUAAAAAUAAUUAAUAAUCUUUAACUAAUUGUUAAAAUACCCCAAAACACUUAAUAUGUCCAGUGAUUUUCCUAUUGACAUAAAUCAAUCAUUUGAAAAUGUGCAGUCAGUUAAUAGUAAUAGAAGCCUUAAAGGAUUGUUUUUCGUGGGAUUAACUGGUGGUAUUUCCAUUGCAUUGAGCGUAAUUUGUUAUCCGUUCAUAUCUCCAGCUUUAAGGAAAGUAUGUUUACCAUAUGUCCCAGCAACCAACUUGCAAGUCCAAAACGUUCUGAAUGUAAUCAAAGGACGAAAAGGGAAAUUAGUGGACUUAGGCAGUGGCGAUGGAAGAAUAGUUAUGAAUACGGCAAAAGCAGGAUUUGAAUCAGUUGGUGUAGAGUUGAAUUUUUGGUUAGUGAUGUAUUCACGUUUGGUCGCCAUGAAAUCUAAAAUUCAGCCUUCUCCAAAAUUUAUUCGAACAGAUUUGUGGAAAUAUCACUUAGGACCUUUCACAAAUGUUGUAAUAUUUGGUGUUGAAGAAAUGAUGUUGGAUCUUGAAAAAAAGUUCUCCGAGGAAUUGUCUGAAGGAACAGUAAUAGUUGCUUGUCGCUUUCCGCUCCCAAAUUUGGAACCUUAUUUAGUCAUUGGCACAGGAAUUGACAGAGUUUGGGCUUACAGAAUAUCUAAGACCAAACCAUAAUCCACCAGAACAUGUUUUUAUAGAACAAAAAUAGUUAUUGAAUUUUCAAUUAAAAUUUAAUAAUGAGGAAAUAAAUGAAAUUGUGAAUCAAUAACAGUUAUAUUUCAAAAAAUGGAAGUGGACUAAUUGAAGUUGAUUUAUAUUACAACAGUGGAGAUUAAAUUUAAGGGUUGAAUAACUCAGGUACUCUGAUUGUAUUUAAAAAAAUGUUAAUAUUCUAUACUUGUUAUAUUGAUAAUUAAUUAAUUAUUAGUUUUUAUUUUUCAGUCAAUAUAUAUUUCACUAAUAGUUCA